GAGACAAUCGAAGCCUUCGCCAAUUGAUUGCUGCUGUGGCGUCAGUGAAGGAAGUGAAAAGAAGUUGAUCAAAAACCGUCAGUUUAGUCAGAAAGUAAACGCAGUUCCGUGUUUAACGUCGUGAACUCCAGUGAAAGUAAUUCAUGACUAACCGCCAUUUAAAAACCAACUGUAGCUAACAGCGCCUGUAAGCUAGCUAGCUUCCGCCCGCACUUCUUCUUCUUCUACUCCUACUUAUUUUUCUUCUUCUACUACUUCAUUAAGCGCACACUCUUAACGCAUGCAGCAGCAUGGUGGUCUUAAGAGAAGGAAUGUGCCCGGGACUGGAUGACGGCUUAGUUCGUGGCCUGCGUGCUGCUGGCAUUAAAACAGUGGAGGACGUGGUCUCGUCUGACAUCGAGGAACUCGCUCAGAGAUGCUCGGUGUCAUAUACGGCUCUGUUCUCCAUCCGCCGCGUGCUCCUCGCCCAACACGCCGCGUUCCCCGUGUCGGGCGCCGACCUGUACGAGGAGCUGUUGAGCUCCACGGCCAUCCUCUCCACCGGGAACCCCAGCCUGGACGCUCUGCUGGACUCGGGCUUGUACACCGGGGAGCUGACGGAGCUGUCGGGGGGGCCGGGCAGCGGCAAGUCUCAGGUGUGUUUCGGCGUCGCCGUGCACAUCGCCCACCGACUCAAGCAGAGCGCCAUAUUCAUCGAUACCACCGGGGGGCUCGCCGCCGGCCGCCUGCUGCAGAUGCUGCGAGCGGAGACGAGUAACGAGGAGGAGCAGAUGGAGGCUCUGCAGAGGAUCCAGGUGUUCCGCGUGUUCGACGUCUUCGCGCUGCUCGACUGUCUCCACGGCCUCCGCGCCGGCCGGCUGCAGCAGGCGCACGGCGGCGGCUCCGUCAAGGCGGUGAUCGUGGACUCGGUGUCGGCGGUUAUCUCUCCUCUCCUGGGAGGAAAACAGAAUGAAGGCAUGUCCCUGAUGAUGCAGGUGGCGGGAGUCCUGAAGACGCUGGCGAAGGACUUCAACGUGGCGGCGCUGGUCACGAACCACGUCACGAGGAGCGGCGGCGGCGAGGUGCAGCCGGGCCUCGGCGCGUCGUGGGGUCCCGUCCCCAGGACCCGGGUCCUGCUGGAGCGAGCGGAGGACGCAGCGGACGGCGGCCACUCCAGCAUCCGCACGGCGACGCUGAUCAAGUCCUCGAGACGGCCGUGUCUCCUCAGAGAGGAGUUUGACCUCCGCCGGUGGAGUCGCUCGGGGGACGAAGCGUCCUCGUCUUCGGGGAAGAGGACGCUGGAGGAGACGGAUUCCUGACGGGAGACGACGCUCCGGCCGAAGGCACGUCGGUCACUUCCUGUUUCAUACGACGCAGCACGGUGCGCAUAUCUGAAUGACUGCAACAUUUAUAAAAGAGUAAUAGACGAGUUAUAAAGACAUAAGAGGCUAAAAGUCCCUUUUCGUGAGCGUCCUUUGGAUUUAUCCCCUUCAGCUCCAGGAUGAAGAGGACCAGCACGUGUUCCCCCUAGAAGACGUUCGGAGGCAGUAGAAACAUUUCGGUCUCGUUGGAUCGACUAAAUUCUGGCGAUCAAAGUGAAAAAAGACUUUAAACUGUUCCUGAAAACAAGUCGCUCGUCACGUCGGGGGCUGAAGUUUGAUGAAGGCCGUUAAAGUCUCCCACGUUACGAUGUUUUUCUUAUGUUUUAUAAUAAAUAGGUUUGUGUGAAUGUCA